AUGUUUGAUCGGGACCGCCCGCGGGAAACCUCGAUUGUCGCGGAAGAUUGGAACAAAGGGUGUGUACUUCUUUCACGCUGGAUACCUAAAGAAAUUCACCACUGCGCAAGCGCUAAAUCAUCAUCGCUGGGCUUGACCAACAGUGUGGCUCAAUGGACUUUACUUACUCUUCUGUUAAGGUAAAAAACGAACGAAGCACGUCCCUGUGAAAAUCAAAAAGGCUGUUUCAAAAUGGUCGUGGUAGAUGCUUAAGAAGUGAACUGAAAGAAUUGCAUUCAAGGCAGUGAGUUUUAAAUGUGGAUUUCGCACAUUGAGAUCCUCGUUAGUCAGUCAAUAGAUGGAUGAUUUUUGCCGCUGUCCAUUUAACCCUUUAACCCCUAAGACUGACUAACAUCUAACUUCUCCUUACAAUAUCACCACUGAAUCAAACAUUAAAGUCAUGAGAAUAAAGGAGAUGAUCACCAACUAAAGAAGCUCUUGAUUAUUCAACAAAUUCUCCUUGUCAGAACCUUAGGAAAUUUCAAGGGAGUAGUAUGGAGAAUAUUCAUACUGAUGUUAGGGAGUCGAGGGUUAAACAAUACUGAGACUGCACGUUCUCUCUGUUACCAGCGUCUUAAGCCACGCGGGAUGUUAGGAGAACAAGAGAGAAGUGUGUAAAUCACGAGCGGGAGGCGAGUGAUUUACACCAGUAAACCGAUAGAAAGUGGGGUACAUUUUAUUUAUUAAAUAAACUUAAAACAAAACGCAGUAUGUUUUGAUUUUCUAUGGGUCUAAACGACAGGUUUUUGACCAAUCGGGUCGCUCGUAGCAUCUCAGAUGUUUUAUAUAUAGGGUAAUUUGGUUUUAUCAACUGCGUUGUUAGCGUGAGUUGGAAACUUACCCCCUUUAUUUUAUAAAUAGCCUGAUUUAUUGCAUCUUUAGUUGAGUUGUUGUUCUUUUUUUUUUUGUCAUCCUGUAUGUGAAUGUGUGUGGGUCCUCAGUUUGUACAUCAAGAUAAAAUGCUCUGAAAUCUCAUUAAAAUUAAACAUCAAGAACUUUUCAGUGAUAAAGCUGCAUUUAAAAGAACUACAUAGUCGUUUUGUUUCCCUUUUUCUUUCGUAACAGGAGCUUCGUGAACUUGUUGGUCUUCAUCAUGACAUUCAGUUUCUCUGUCUUGAGUUACACGUGA